AUGACAUCUGCAUCGUCGUCUUCUAACUCUGCUCAAGCCUCUUCUUCGCGGUCAUGGAGAUACGAUGUAUUUAUCAGUUUUAGAGGAAAAGAUACUCGCAAGGCCUUUGUGGAUCAUCUAUACUCCGCUCUUGUAGAACGACUAAUCCGCGUUUACAAGGAUGAUCAAGCACUUCCCCGUGGUGAUUUCGUUGGUCCUUCUUUAUUAGAGGCUAUUGAAGAAUCACAUAUUGCUGUCAUAGUAUUUUCCAAAUAUUAUGCAGAGUCUUCGUGGUGUUUAGAAGAGCUUGCACAUAUAAUGAAAUGUAGGGGUGACCGAGGGUUAACUGUCAUGCCAAUAUUUUACGAUGUGGAUCCCUCGGAUGUGAGACAUCAGAAAAGGAAGUUUGGAGAAGCAUUUGCCAAAUUCAUGAAAGCUGAUUUAUGGAGAAAAGCACUAAUUGAAGCAAGUAACAUUGCUGGAUGGGAACCCAAGCACAUUGCCAACGGGUAUGAAUCAAAAGUCAUUAAAGAAAUUGUUGAUAAAAUUCAAGAUAAAUUGGUUCCCUUAUUUUCAGAUGAUAAUGAAGAGCUUGUUGGAAUGAGGGUUCGAUCACAAGAUUUGAUAUCACGGUUAGAAAUUGGGUCGGGUGGUGUGCACAUGGUUGGGAUAUGGGGGAUUGGAGGCAGUGGUAAGACCACUCUCGCAUAUUCUGUUUAUACCGAAAUCUCUCGAUAUUUUCAUGGCCAUUGCAUUGUUGCCAAUAUUCGCGAGGCAUCAAGCAAACAUGGUUUAGAAACCUUGCAACAAAAGAUUCUAUCGACUCUUUUAAAAACAAAAGUAGAAGUGCAGAGUGUUGAAGAAGGAAAAUUCAUAAUAAAGCGUAGGUUAUGUAACAGUAAAGUAUUAGUAGUUCUUGAUGACGUUGAUGAUCUUGACCAGCUACAAGCAUUGGCUGGAUCACAUAAAUGGUUUGGUGUUGGGAGCCGAAUAAUAAUCACAACGAGAGAUGAACAUGUGUUAAGAGCUCACAGGGUAGACCAUAUCUCUCCUGUUAAAUUAUUAUCAGAUGAAGAGGCUACCCUACUACUUUAUAAGCAUGCAUAUAAUGAAAAAAAGCCUAUAAAAAACUACAAGACACUUUCAUUACGUGUCUUGGCUUAUGCUGCGCGGCUCCCUCUAGCACUUCAAGUUUUAGGUUCUUUUUUAUUUGACAAAGAUGAAAACGAGUGGGUAAGUGCCUUGGCCAAGUUAAAAGAUUUCCCAAAUAUCAAGAUCAUGGAUAUACUCAGAAUUAGUUAUGAUGGACUUGAAACUCUCCAUAAAGAGUUAUUCUUGGAUAUUGCAUGUUUCUUUAGGGGGGAAAGCACAUAUAUCACACGUGAGCCGAUGGAGAUCCUUGAUGCUUGUGGAUUUCACCCUGUUAUAGGGAUAAAAGUGUUGCAACAAAGAGCUCUCAUUUCUAUUCUGGAUGGUAAGUUUGAAAUGCAUGAUUUGGUUCAAGAAAUGGGACACUAUAUUGUUAGGGGGGAGCAUCCUAACAAUCCUCAAAAACAUAGCAGAGUUUGGAGAAAAGAAGAAAUCAUGUAUCUUGAGGAUGCAAUUACAGAGGAAAAUCAACAGAUUCAAGUUGUAGAUUAUCAUGGUCCUUUAUCAUACUUUGGUAAGAUUAUUUCUAACAUGAAGAAACUAAGGUGGUUUCGUUACGAUGGUAGUUUAGGUGAAGCGCCUAAAUUUUUGUCAAAUGAGUUGAGGUUUUUGUUUUGGGGAAGGUAUCCAGCAAGUUCAUUUCCUGACAGUUUCCAGCCAUUGAAGCUUGUUGUUCUAAGAUUACGUCACAGCUUGCAAAUAGAACUUUGGAAUGGUUUCAAGCAUCUACCACAUCUGAAAGUGCUUGAACUCUAUCAUAUGCACCACCUACUCAGCACGCCAGAUUUUGAUGGACUUCCAUGUCUUCAAAAGCUAACACUCUUUAAUUGUUCCGAGUUAGAAGAGAUUCACCCAUCACUUGGAAAUCACAGAAGACUUGCAAACGUAAAGGUAAUAACGUGUAGGAAGCUUAGAAUCUUCCCAAAGAUUGUCCGGAUAGAAAAACUCAACAUCCUUUGGUUAUUGGAUAAUUCAAUUGAAUUGCCGGAGAUCCAAGUUAACAUGGGAAGGUUGGUAGAGUUGACUUUGGAUAGGAAACCAGUUAACUUUCGGUUCUCAUCAUUUGGAGAACGUUAUACACAAGUUGAGACAGUGUUCUAUCGGUUGAAGCAUAUUCUACAAAAGUUAAAUUUUAGGAGCCUAUGUAAGUUGAUACUCUCUGGCUGGGGUUUGAAAGACCAAGAAAUUCCAUGUGAUAUUGGUGGUUUAUCCAACUUAGAAGAGCUCGACCUUAGUAGGAAUGAUUUUUCACGAUUAGAUUUCAGCCUUUCCCAUUUAAAUCAACUCAGACUUCUGUCCCUGACAAACUGCAAAAGUCUUGUAGAAUUGCCAGAGCUCCCAUUAAGUUUGGCUAUUCUGGAAGCAGACUAUUGUGAUUCCCUGACAUCCAUUGGAAAUAGUCACAGAAAUUGUAAAAGGCUAUAUAAAGUGUCACUAGUGGGAGGGGGUGUUAUAAUUGAUGGCAGCAGAUCACUACAAUCCGUGCUCCAGGGAAGUGAUAUUGAAGAUCACUGUAUGAUCCUCCGACUCGAAGGCCUUGAAAUUCCAAAGAGGUUUUUACCUUGUCUUGUUAGUGGGAACACACGUAAAUUGCAACUUCCAGAAAACUGGUGCCAUGACUUUUCUGGAUUCUUAAUGUGUGUUGCUUGUACAAGAGAUUUAGAUCCACGGAAAGAGAUCGUGAUAAGAAUGGAGAAGGUGAUGAGUGGUGGCUUGGGUAUGGAUUCUCAUUAUGAUGCCGAGGCUUGGAAGGAGAGGGCUGGUGAUAGAAGAGCAUGGGUGGGGUUUGUUUCUUUUGAUAUAUUGAAACAUACUUCAUGGUGGGAUGAAUCAUAUAAUACUCUUUUGUUCUCGGUUGAGAAAUUCAGUGGCCUAUGUAGCGGGUUUGGAUUUGGACUCGCUCCCAAGAAAACUGGAUUUGACUCAGCUGAAAAAUCAACAUGGUCCCCUGCCUCUUCUAAUUAUUUACCUCACUUUAAGAUUAAACAUGACUCGGCUUCUUCUUUAAAGAUUUCCUUUCAUGGCUUAGAAAGGCCUCCAGUUAUAGUCGAAUACUACCUAUAG